AUGAGGCCAGAUCGGGGAAAUAUGCACGGGAUCAGCUAUGUGAAGCCCUGCUCUAGAGGUGUGCAAAAAAAGUUGGUGCAAGCUCGUUUACCUUUUAAACGCCUAAAUCCCGCCCCAAGGGAGAAGGGUGAAAUCUCGCAAGUGAAGAUGACAAAUGUGGUUCAGAAAGCCUCCUUGGUUAAUACAGAGUACCCACUUGUCGAUGUGGAGAAUGGCUGUAAAAUGGAAACUGGAGAAGUGCAGCUAAUUCCCAAAACAGCAAAUGGUUGGGGACCGCUUGAUAAUUAUGUCAGAAAGAUGUCGAAGGAAUCACAUUGCAAACCUAUCACAAUUGACUUGACUGAAGACUCGAAUAGUGGGCCUGUUGAAAAGCUUCCAUCAAAAGGAAAAGUACAGUCUAACUUUGCCAAUGGGCCUGCUUUCCCUAGUUCUGAUGUGGUGAGAUCUCCAUCAUUGGCACAGACUGACAAAGAUCUUGAAGGCGGUGAUUGUUUGAAGCAAUCAACCAGUACUAAUUGUUUUAGUGCAGAAGAGAUCACAGAGAUGAGUACAAAAUCUCCUUGUUCUACAGAGCUACAAACCGUUAUGCCAGUUGACAGUGCCUCGUCUUUCACUUGUGCAGAUAGAGAGAAUGCGGAAGAUGAAGAUACUCCUUUGUCCUUGAGCAGUUCUCCAGUCAGUUCUCCUGAUGCCCUAGCAAUUGCGCAAAGUCCCAACAAUUUUUCAUCUCCAACAGGCGGGUGUAAAUGGACCUCAGAUGGUGUGAACGGAAUGCUGUGUAACUUGAGGGAAAAAGAAGAUCAGUUAAACAGGCCAAAAUUGCAGGCUAAAAAAGAGCAACGGGACCAUAUUAGGGAAGAAUUGAAAAUUGCUAAAGAGCGAGCAAAAGAAGAAGCAAAGAAAAAGAAAGAUGAAGAACGUGAACAAAAGGCUAAGAAGAAAAUGGAAAAAAAAGAAAAAGAUGACAGAGAGAAGGCUGAAAAAAUACGUCUAAAGGAAGAGAAGAAAAAAGAAAAGCUUGAAGCUCUGGAAGCCAAGCAAGAAGAGAAACGUAAAAAGGAGGAAGAAAAGCGACUGAAGGAAGAAGAAAAGCGUAUGAAGGCAGAAAAAGCAGAAAUAACCCGUUUUUUACAGAAAUCUAAGAACUCUGACACUCCAAAGACAUUUGCAGAAUCAUGUGGAAAAUUUGCACCUUUUGAAAUUAAAAAGAAUAUGGCUGUUGCUCCUUUGUGUCGGGUGGAGUUUAAAGCAGAGAAAUCUGAGCAGCUAGGCAAGCUCAUUAAAGAGCAAAAUUCGAAGGCAAAUUUUUUGUUGGCAUUAAAAACUCGGAAACCACGCAGGAUGGGACGCACUGUGAUACCCAAAGUGCCCCUUGUAAGUGACGGAGAUGAUGUACAGGUUGUGAUAGAAACUGAUACAACCGUACAUGAAAAUAUUACUCUUGAAUGUGUGGUACCAGAACGUAGAAUGUUUGGGAAGAUGAAGCUGUUGCAGUUCUGCGAGAAUCAUCGUCCAGCUUACUGGGGCACCUGGAACAGAUCGAGUGGAGUUAUUUGCCCCCGCAGGCCAUGGGUUCAAGACACUAUGCUUUUUGACUAUGAAGUAGACAGUGAUGAAGAAUGGGAGGAGGAUGAACCCGGCGAAUCUUUGUCUCAUAGUGAAGGGGAUGACGAUGAUGAAGAUCCAAAGGAAGAGGAGGGUGAUGAUGAUGAUGAUGAUGAUGAUGGCUUCUUUGUCCCACAUGGUUACUUGUCAGAUGAUGAAGGGGGUGUUUCUGAUGAGGAGUGUAAAAACCCAGAAAAUCAGAAGGUACGCCAAAGACUCAAAGCUAAAGAAUGGGAUGAGCUACAAUCAAAAGGGAAGAAAAUUAAUGUGCUGAAACCUAUCUUGAUUGGAUGUAUAUGGUUGGAAGGUAGUAAAGGGGAGAUUGCUUUCCUGCAAAAAUUUUCUACUUGUGUUUUGGAUUCUUUCAUCCCCAUUGACGACGAGAUGGUUCAAGAAUCCACCAGUCGAAAACUAGAAGACAGAGCAAUACUUAUGAAUCUCCUCCCUUUGCUGCAUGGGAACGUCAAUGGAAGCAAAAUAAUUAUCCAAGAAUUUCAAGAGUGUUGCAGACGUGGCAUCAUUUUGUUGGGUGAUGGUAGCAACAUUACUGUGAAAGAAUCGGAAAGUCCAAAUGCUUGUCAGCAAAUACCCAGCAGUAAUAUACCCUCCAAAGCUCGGUUGAAACGUAUAAUUUCAGAGAAUUCUGUGUAUGAAAAGCGUCCAGAUCACCGUUUGUGUUGGUACGUUUAUGAUGACAUUUUGAAGAGCUUUCAGCAGGAGAGUCUACCUGUACCAUGUCAAUGGACUUAUGUCACCCAGCUGAAUCCUCCCAAUAGAGAUGAAGUUAUGACUGCUGGGGCACAGAUGCAGACAACACCAUCAGGCAAAAGAAAAUCUGCUGGCAGUAUGCCUAUCACCAAGUUUAUGAAAAAAGCUACGGUUUUAGGAUCAUUUACAAAUAUGGCAGUAACUGAGGCAGAUGGUUUCCAGGCGGAUACAGAAGAUGAUGAUGAUGAUGAUGAUGAUGACGACGACUGCAUGAUUGUAGAGGAACAGCUCCAGAGAGGUGUGCAUUUAACUUUAGGCUCCUUUCACACUGGAGCGGCUGUCUGCGUGUAUUCGGCUGUUUGA